AUGGCAACAGACACUCAAGCAAGACACAGGUAACUUCGGUGCUCGAUUUUCGCGUUUUUGAUUAUCCGAGUAUUAGUUGUCAAGGAAUUAGUUUUUGUUUACAUUAGCAUGCAAGAACCGCAUUUUACUGCAUUUUAGCACAGGCAGAGUAAUCUUUAUUGUUUACUUACUGGCUCAAAUGCUGAUGUUUUGAGCUGCAUUUAACAUUAUCGUUCUGUGUGUUUUUCUCUUCAUGCAAGCUUUUUAACGAUCUAUCUCACUGUGGUUUGUUCAGCUGAUGCAAGCUUAUAUCAUGCAUUCUUAUUACCUUCAAACAAUUAUCAUUACUUUGUCAUUCCCACUCUUGGUUCAAGCCUUAAACUGUUAUUUUAUUUUUAUUUAAUAGUAUACCAGUCUGGUCACGCCACCAUCCACAAAUCCCACAGCGAUAUGUACCACAGUGGACGCAAGAUAUGAAAAACAGAGGCCUUAUCUUGGAGGUGGGUUUUGGCUCCGUUGUGUCUCUCUUGGGCAGUAAUUCAGUCUGACAAUAGGCUCAGCCACAUAUAUGUAUGUAGUACAUGCGGCAUGAAUAAGGUUUAAAUUGUCUAAAUCACUGUCGGUCAGUUAGACAAUAAAUACAGCUGUCUCUCCUCCUUCUACUCGAGAGAGCCGCUAGAGACAUUUUGCUGGAGAGAGAGAUGUCGGCAAUUUGGCCUCCUUCUAAACACAAAAGACUGAUGUGUGCAACAAACGAAUUGGAAACAAGUUCAGAAAGGAAAUUGAAGCUGUAAAUCACGAAAGGAAGUUAAUCAUACCAGUGAAGCUACGUGUAUAGAAAACAUGGAAGCUGUAAAAUCUACCAAUACAAUGUCAAAAUUACCUUAGUUAUUCUUAGUAAUUUUUGCACGUAUUAAAUUUUCGCGACUUUUGCGAUUUUAAAAAAUUCGCAAAGUUUAAUGCGCACAGACAAAAGAAAUUGCGUGAAAAUUAAACACACAAAAUUUAAUACCAUUUUCAAAACCAAAACAAGAAUUUUAAAAAUGACCCUUACUGAACAAAGUUGAAAUUAUGUGGAAAAUUAAACAGUUCAUUUAAAUUUAAUACCAUUUUCAAAACCAAAACAAGAAUUUUAAAAAUGUUCUGAGUCCGGGUGUUUUCUGAACUGUGCAACUCAGCUAUAUAUAUCACGUGGUUUACUGAACAUCUCAGUAAAGUUGUUCAUUUAGAAAAGCACUGAACUGUAUGAUAUCUUUUUACAUGAAGGAGGAGGGGGGCUUUGAAAUUUUUUCGACUACCAAGGAGGGGGCAUAGACAGUUUCAAUACACAGAAAGCAAGCAUGUUUUGUCUUGUUCAUUUGGUUCUAUGUAGGGCAGUUGUAAGUUUACAAUAUUGCUUUGAAAUAUAUAUGUUUUAUUGAUUUGUGACAAGUGCCCUGUGCUCAGGAUAAAAACAAAGACAAAAUUGCAAAAUUUUGUACGUUUAUCUCUAUUUUUUUUUUGCAAUCAUGAAAAUUAGUACUCGCAAAAUCUGGCCCCUAAAUAUAUCCGCGAAAUUAAGUAGGCGCGAAAAUUAGUAAGAUAAAGAAUAAGGUAUCUAAUUCCUACAUGUAUGCCUAUUAGAACUUCCAUAAAAAUUGACAAAAAUAAUAGUAUUGGCAGAGCAUCUGAAGAGCUGCCAACUGCAUGACAACCACCAACAAGCUUUGUCAUGGUGACUGCAAAUUGAAAGUUUCAAGAAAGUUGUCGUUGUUGUGAUUGAAUUUUGAGUCCUCUUUUAAUACAAGGAACUGCCAUAUUUGAAUUCAAGAUGAUUUUCCUUUUGCAUUCUCAAACUCAUUAAUAAUUCAUUAAGAAAAUACAAAGGAAAUUAAUGUUUAAUGAGUGCUUGGAAAUCGGAUGAAACACUGCUUAGUAUUUGCAUCCUUAAUUUCUCCUUCAAAAAUGAUUUUGUUUGAGAAGAAAUAUCAAACAUUCGACACAGUGUUUCAUCACCAGAUGGAACACCUCGAAGUCCGUCAAAAAUACUCCGCUGCGCGUCGUAUUUUCAACUCUCUUCUCGGUGUUUCAUCUGGUGAUGAAACACUGCAUCUCAUGUUUGAUAUAUUACUUCAAACACUGAAGUGGGAGAGGACUCCCGCAGACAAUCAACCUGGUUCACAUCCUCAUUCAUUUCAUUUUUUCUUUCUUUUUUUUUCUGUUAUAGAAUUGCAAGCUUUCUAAAUAUCCAUACGGACCACAUGAUACAAGUAUUUAUUUGACCCACAGAGGUAAGUCUGAUAAAUAACAAAAACUAAUUUAAAACAGACUUGCCAAGUCUCACUUUUUUGUCCUGAGUCUCACCUGUCUCGCACUCUCACAAGUUGGCAAUGGAUUUCUCACACUUUCUCAAAAAGUCAAACUCCAAAAAAUUUUGGAGCUGUAGAUCAGGUUUGUUUUCAAGUUUAGAUAUCAAUAGAUAGCAGGCUCCACCCAGAUACAUGUAAAACACUUAGCGGUCACAUUUGAUUACCGCGCCUUACCACUGCCACCAAAUGUGCAGACUUCCUUCGGCCCACGUAUCACAUAUAGUGUGGAUAUAGGGUUAAAGUGUCUGUGCGCAUCAGGCUAGAUGGCACCAUAAAAAAAAAAUUGAACUUGUUGUUUACUGCUCCAGCUUUUUUAAAGUGAGAUAGUGACUUCCAAUACCCAUAAUCUCCACUUAAAGUCCUUUCACUAGGAAAUUUGGGAAAUCUCACAACUUUUUAUCCAUUUCUCACUAAUCUUUUCCCAGCUCUAGCUUCAGAAUCUCACAUAUUUUGCCUUUUGGGGGUUUACAAGUCUGUUCAAAAAAACAGUGUUUUCUUCUUCUUACUGUCAGUGCAGUCAAACCUUUGUUGAUACAGACACUGAGGGGGCUGAUAGAAAGUGUGUAUAUUAAGGGGGUGUCCCUAUAUUAAGCAGGUCAAAUUUAGAGAAAAUUUAAAGGCUUGGGACAAGGAAAACUGUCCAUCAUAACAACAAGGUGUCCGUAUUAAGCAGUUGUCUGUAAAGCAAGGUUUGACCGUAAUUGUAGCAAAGAAACCCAUGGGUAAAGAGGAGUUAUGUUUGACCUUGAUUCCUGUCAGUACAAAUUGCCCUUGUUUGAUGCUCCAUUUGCUAGUUUCAUAUUGAGAGGGGCUGGGUACUAGUUAGUUUAUUAUGGGAUAAACAACACGAGACCCAUAUUGUCAGAAAGUCGGCAUAUUGAAAUUAGCAACAUUCUCAAGUUUGGCGUUUAUCGGGUCGAUAUUGAACGAUCGAGGUACAGCCAUUCAAAAAACUCCAAAAUAAUAUUUACUAACUAAAGGAAAUAAUUUAUGGACGUCCAGAGGAUGUGUUCAACAAUCCAAAACAUACAUCUCUCUCUCAAGUUUCAAGUUUUUGAAUAGCUGUAUCUUGUUCAAUAUUGGCUUGAUCGACAUCAAACUUAACAUCUUUUUCAUAACCUCAAUGUGCUCUUUCUGACAUAAUAUGGGUCGAGUGUUGUUUAUCUCAUAACACACCGACUUGUACCCCUGCAGCCUGUCUUAAUAUGAAACUAGGCAAUGCUGGGGAGGGCAUUUCAGGUGAUAUGAGUACAUUCAUUGCUGAAUGUAGUUUUUGGAUGAUGAUUCACGGUCAGACUGGUAACUUGUUUGCAUUGACCAUGCGAGCAGAGGCCCUUGGAGCUUACCUAGGAAGAUCGAAUUGCCUCUGCUUGCAGGGUACUCUAAGCAAGCCCUGCUAUGAAUAAUUUUUAACUGGAAUCACCGACACAGUCAAACGUAACUCCUCAGUGCUCUGUAUUAUAGAAUAACACAGACAGAGAUCUUGUAAGUGACCACCUUGGGUCUCAAUUCACAAAAGUGGUUUCAGUUAGAGCUGGUCAUUUACGAGAAAAAGCUAUCAUAUGAUAAACUUAUUAAGAGCAGACACACUCUUGAGAGCUUUGUCAAAUGGGUGGAUGGUUCCAGAAAAUAUCCAGACCCCCACCACAGAGGGAAUUUUACUUAGAAACCCCCACCCCCUGGAUUUUCAAUUGAUGCAAAGACAACUUCAGCUUUUUAAAAAGUUGGCAAAUAGUGUGACAUAUAGGCCCUAAACUUGAAUCACAGCUCAGACAGGGGUGUCACAAUGCAAUAGAGUAGCCCCUGUGCAAGAAGAGCAAUUGACUGUACUUUUUUUUCUCUUACAGAGCGUUUGAACAAUGUGGAACCACGAAAAAUGGUGGACAGUAAAUCAAUCAAAGUACCACGUGACAGAUUACUGAGACCUUGGUUUCACUCUCCCCUCUCACGUUACCAAAGCAGUUUAAUGUUCAGGAAGACUUAA